GGGAAUCCAUUUUCUUUAUGCUAUGAUCCGGGAUUCUAAUUUUUGACAAUUUUUGAAGGUUUUUUGCAACCAAUGUGGGUUCCGUGCACCAACCUAACUCAGAUAUGUGAAGAGACGCAGCUACAAGAGACACGGGGGAUGAGAAUUCUGAUGGGAAUGUGAGAAAGCUUCAGACUUUCAGGCCAAUCAACUGGGAAACAAUGGCUCGUGCAUCUCACACUAUAAAACGGCUGCAAAGAGAAUUCAUAGAAAUCUUUGCAGAGGAUGAGAAAGCUGCCCUCCAGGAAUUAGGCUCUCUGUUCCAAUAUGACCCAGAUGAGCACAGAAUUAAAACUAAAAGCCCAGGAGGAAGAGUGGAGAAGUUAAUCCAGUAUGUGCUGCAGAGAGAUGAGUCCGACUGUCAGAGGUUCCUCACUCACCUAGAGAACAUGCUGCCCAGCUUUCCUGCUCUGUCUGAUAUAGUGGCAGGUGAAAAAAAAAGAAAGUCACAGAAUGAAAUAAUAGAAUCCUUUAAGGAGUCGAAGCUCUCCCUGAGGGACAUCCUGGACAUUGGGCAGGAGAAUAUAAAUGAAGUUGCUCCCCAGACUGUACAAGAUCUUCCCUGGGCUCUCCUUAGGAAACUGAUGACUCUGGACAGGACUGCAAGAACAAUUCAACUUGAGGAUAUUUCUGAGAAUUUAGAGGAAAGCGCUGAAGCUGACACGGGUCACUACAAGUAUAUUUAUAUCAAAGAGGAUGAAUCUAAGUCAUUCAAUCCUUUAGACAUUCUGUGUGUUCUCUUGCAUUGCUCAGAUAUGUUGUUACAGCAGAACAUCUUCUCCAAAAUGUCCAUGUGUCAGUUUGCCGUCCCACUGCUGCUCCCUGCUGGUGAUGGGCCAGAAUAUACCUUCAUGCUCUGGGCUAUGAGAGACAUUGUCAAGAGAUGGAGACCCCACACUCUGGCAGAGAAUAAAGGAUUUAUAGAAGAAUACCUGGUAAAAUCAGAAAUGCCAUUUUUUUCCUUUGUGAGACUGGGGCACAGCAAAUUAUCCAAAUCUAAAAUUAUAAAUCAAGUGCUCAGCCCAACUCAGAAAAAACAUGACUUUUUUAUGAAUGAAAAUAUGGAGGGUGGAAAUAUUGACAGACAAAUUUCUGAUGGCCUAGUGGAAAUCUCCUGGUUUUUACCUGUUGGACGAGAGAAUUCUGACACUUUCCCAGAACCUGUUGCUGUUACUAAUUUACGAGGAACCAUAGAGUCCAACUGGACCCAAUUCAGCUUCCUAACCCAGGUCUCAUCAGCAGUGUUUGUAUUUGCUGAGAGUAUAAAUGAGAGAGAGUGUGAGCUAUUAGCCCAGUGUAGUAAAUCCAACACCAACUUCUAUUUUAUCAUUACUCCAAGUGGCAAAAGUGUCAGUAAAGAGCUGUCAGAACCCUUCAAAAAGUUACUCUCCGUGCUAAAUGUGGGCACAUCAAAUAUAUUAAUAAAUGAGAGACGAGCAAAUAAUGUAGGACUGGUGAAAAAGUUACGAGCAAUUAUGAAACAAUUUUUGAAAGAAUCAGAUAAGAGAGUAAAACUGGAAGAUUUAGCAAACACAGCCAGGGAAGUUGGCAUCAAGGUGGAUGAAAAUUCCCAGGAAUGUCAGAAAGCAAAAGAACAUGCCACAGAAAUACUUAAAGAAAUACAAGAUGUGGUACAAUAUAAGAAAGAGACACUGAAACUACAAGGGGAUCUGUGGAAGCAAGUGGCCCAGGUAGAGAAGGAAUUGUGCAGAAUGAAAAAUCAAAAGGAUAAAAAUACAGAAGAAUACAGAUCUGAGCUGAUAGACAAACGUAAAAAGUUACACAUGGAGCAGAGCCAACAAGAUCUACCUGACUCUAUGGCAAAAUUUAUUUCUGCCAUCACACAUUUCUCUGCAACUGAAAAGCAUUAUUUUCUGAAAUGGAUGAAAUUUGCAAUUGAUUCAAGGACUAGAAGCAAUUCCUUAACGUUAAAAGCCAAAUACAAAGAAAUAUGCAGCAAUAAAACAAGUAACCAGGAGGAACUGAUACAGCUAGAUCACCAGAUAGCCUAUAGUUCUUUGGGUGUAGAACAUUUUCUGCGAGAGAUGGGGCAGUUUUAUGAGGCAGAAUGUUCCAUGGUGAAGCAAGGAAAAAUUAAACGAGAUAUGAUACAGUUCAGUCAUGUCCCAGGAAUUGCUGCUGAUCUAUUGCUGGAUGGGUUCCCAUUGGAGCUAAUAGAUGGUGAUGCUUCUGGUAUCCCCCUACAAUGGGUAACUGAGGUUUUUACAGAGCUGAACACAAAGACAGGAGGAAAAUGCAGAAUGAGAGUAAUCACAGUGCUGGGAGUGCAGGGUACAGGGAAAUCCACUCUCCUGAACACCAUGUUUGGCUUGCAGUUGCCUACAGCCAGUGGUCGGUGCACACGAGGAGCCUUCAUGACACUGAUAAAAGUGAAAGAAAAUCUGAAGGAGAACUUGGGCUGUGAGUUUAUUCUGGUGAUUGACACUGAAGGUCUGAAGGCUCCAGAACUGGCUUCUCUUGAGGACAGUUAUGAACAUGACAAUGAGCUGGCAACUCUAGUGGUUGGGUUGAGCGAUAUCACUAUAAUCAAUAUGGCCAUGGAGAAUACUGCAGAAAUGAGAGACAUUUUGCAGAUUGUGGUCCAUACAUUUCUUCGAAUGAAUCAUAUAGGGAAGAAACCCAGCUGCCAGUUUGUGCAUCAGAAUGUGAGUGAUGUUUCAGCUUAUGAUUUAAACAUAAGGGAUGCAAAAAAGCUCCUGAAGCACCUGAAUGAUAUGACAAAAGCAGCUGCUAACAUGGAAAAGAUGAGCGGGAUCAAAAGUUUCAGUGACAUCUUGAACUAUGACCUUGAGAGAGACAAUUGGUACAUUCCUGGGCUUUGGUACGGUGUCCCACCCAUGGCUUCCAUAAGUUCAGGCUAUAGUGAAAAUGUGUAUGAACUGAAAAAAUGUUUCUUUCAAAUUAUGGAAGUAAAUAAAAGUUUUCAACAACCCCAGAAUAUAGUUGAAUGCAUUGAAUGGAUAAGAAGCUUGUGGAACUCUGUGAAACAUGAAAAUUUUAUUUUCAGUUUCAGAAACAGCCUGGUAGCCGAAGCUUACAAUCAAUUAGCGAUGAAAAACUCUCAGUUGGAAUGGAACUUCCGCAAACAGGUUCAUACCUGGCUAAUUAGCACUGGGAAUAGUAUCAAGAAUCAGUCAGCAGAUGAACUGCAGUCAGAAAUGUGCAUACGUUUUAAAACGGAUCUGACUUCAGUACUUAGCAAAGAAAAGGAAAAUAUGCUAGACUCGUUAGAAAAAUAUUUUGAAAGUAAAACUGAUAAUGUUCACCUGGUUCAAAGGUACAGAGAAGAAUUCUCCAAAGGGUUGACUUCUCUCCAGAAGGAACUAAAACAUUCUGUGACAACAAAGAUUGAAGAAAUGAUCACAAUCCAAAAAGGGAAAUAUCAGAUAAAGAAAAUAGAAGACGGUUAUCAAAAAAUAAUUGAGAAGAAAGUCACUCAUCUCCUAAAACAGGUCAGAGAAAGGAAAAUGAAGGUUGGGGAUGAUGAAAUAGAAAAGCAAUUUGGGAGUAUGUGGGGAAAUACAAUAGCUGGGUUACCAAAGAAUCCUGUACAGAAACGCAAUAUCAGUCAAGAAAUGUUGCUCCUGCUCAAACGGGACUUGGCCAACAAAGGGAGCUCUAUAAAUGAGAAAUUGCUCAGUAUAAAGGAUUUAGAUGAGUUCGGAAAAGGUGAAUUCCAGAUUAAAGGGCAGCAUGUUGAUUUAAAAUGGUAUUCACCCAAAGGUUUAAAAGAAUUCUUGACCAAUGAAUGCCAUAACAAAAUAGCCAGUCUUGCUUCCUCUUUACUUGAUAUAUCAGAUGAUAUAAUAGAGGAGAAAAACAGAACAGAAGACUAUGAUGGGACUUAUUGCCAAGAAUUGCUCAAUAUAAUCAAUGAAAGGCUCAGGAAGGAAGAUGUUAAGAACCUGAACAUUUCCCACGAGUUUGAUUUGGAUAUAAAACUCCAUAUCUUGGGAAUUGUGGCUCGGGUUUUCCAGAAGAGGCACAAUGAAUUUAUUCAGGAAAAUGACCCUGUGCUGUGUCUGGAAAAACUGAAACCUCAUUAUUUAACAACAUUUAAAAAUAUAUUCCAGGAAAAAGAUGAAAUACAAAGUAGAGCCAAACAGUUCUGCGAGCUCUGCCUGAAGCCGGCAAUAACCCACCAGAUUAAUGAGCAUCUGGGGAAGGAUAUUGUAGAUGAUAUUCUAUAUAAUAAAAAUCCCAAAGAAUUAAGCAGCCGUGCAUAUUUUCAGUCACAUGUUCUUAAGAAACUUCUAGGAGAACAGGACUUUCCUCAGUAUGUCACCUACAUUAAUUCCUAUGAGUUGUUUGUUAAAGAAUGGCUAAAGCAAUACAUAUUAAACACCAGUGAAAAAUGUCUUGAAAAGUUGCAAACCAAAAUUCUCUCUGAAAUCUGCAAUAAAAUCAGGGCCGUCCUUGAAGAUUUACAAGAAGUUUCUUCUGUCAAUGAGUUUUUUAAAAGAUUUUGUGAGAUGUUAGAAAAGGAAAUAGUCAUUGCCCAGAUGGAGCUGCAGUUGGUCAGGUUUCAGAACAAAGCCGAUACCAUGCAGCUCUCAAAGGAUAUUGAGUUUUUUCUUACAGAAACAGAGAAACAGAUCCGAUCAGAGAUGGAAUCUUCCAGCACAGAAUCAGUUCUUGACAAACUCCCACUGAAACCAGAGAAUGAGCUGUUUAAGAGAGUGUUUGGCUGUGGGAAGCAGUGUCCCUUCUGCAAGGUCCCCUGUGAGGCUGGAGGUAUUGACCAUAAGGAGCACUUUGCAUCUGUCCAUCGCCCUCAAGGUUUAUACCGACAUGAGAAGAGGGACAAACUGGCUUUUGAAUUAUGUUCAACUCUUGUUCUCAGUGAUGCCCACUUCAGAAAUUCAGAUUCAGGAUGGAAAUCCCACCCAUACAAAGAAUACCGCACAUUCUACCCAGACUGGAAUAUUCAGCCUGACCCCAGCAUCACAGCCUCAGACUACUGGAAAUAUAUUUUUGCAAAGUUCAAUGAGGAAUUUGCAGAAGAAUAUCAGGCAAAAUCAGCCAAUCUCCCUAAAAGCUGGUGCCUUAUUUCAAAGGAACAGGCAUUUCAAAGCAUCAAAGAAAUAUAUCAUAUGGAAGAACUGUAAAAAAAAAUUGUUUUAGCACCAUUCAUUGUUAUAUUACUAAUACUAAGGGAACUAUUUAACAUUCAAAAAUCAUUUCAAAAUCAAAUGUGUGCUUUUUUAUAUUUGUCUAAACCUAUAAAAUUUUUAAAUUUAUUAAGUAUAAAUACCAUGAAAAACUCAAAUACAAAACUUUGCCAAGUAAAAGUUAUCGAGGUGCUAUAGAAGUCAUUGGGAGCUGCCGUUAUCCUAUUGGACUAUUUUUUUUAUCAAUUCUGACUUUUAGAGGUUUUUGGAUUUCUUUUUUUUUUUUAGUAAUUGCCUGAAAAGUAAUACAAAUUCUAUCAGACCCUUAGUAUUAUCAUUAUGCACUGUUAAAAAAAUGCUUUGCUAUGGUAGGUGUUUUAUCUCGUUUUGCUUCGAUCCUAUUCCACUCAGGAAUUUUUGUUUUUAUGCUGUAUAUAUGUUCCAAUAACCAUUUUCUAGCUUCCAUUUUGCUCAUGUCUAUAUACAUUUUCUAAUAUGGACAUUCGAGGCAAUAGAUGACAGCCCUCAAGUGACAUGUAAAGAAACCUUUUAUCUCGUACUGUGUAUAAGAAUAUUUAAGAGUUCAUUUGAUAUUAAAUGGGUUCAUAUUCAA